UAACUUUGUAUCUUCAAACACUUUUUAGAUCAUGCAGAGCGUGACAAUGACAGACGAUGAGCUGAGGCAGGUCGUCCAAGGUCCAGGCGACGUCGAAUGGAGAUACGAGAUGCGCAGAGAAUGCCAACAGAUUCUCCCAGGUCUUCUACUGGGUCCCUUUGUCGCAUCAAAAUCUCUUCCAACCCUCCGCUCUCUCAACAUCUCACACAUCGUAUGCAUACGCGAUGCCAAGGAGGCUUUCUCUGUCAAACCCCGGUUUCCGGAACACUUUACCUAUUUGACGCUAGACGUGGAGGACAACGAGGAGCAGAAUCUGAUUCGUCUGUUUCCGGGAGCGAAGCAGUUCAUUGACACGGCGAUUGCUCAAGGAGGGCGGGUUCUAGUUCAUUGUAACGGAGGAAUUAGUUUAUCACCAGCAUUCGUGGUGAUGUUCGUCAUGCAACAUUAUCAACUUUCAUGGGAGGAUGCUCUUCACAUGGUUCAAAAUCGCCGCUAUUGCAUAUCACCCAAUGGUGGGUUUUUAACGCAAAUAAAGGAAUAUGAGGCAAUCUACAAAGCAAGUCUGGCCGUCGCAUCUUACCCAACCGUUCAACGGAGUGUUUCGCGCCGCAAACGGUCAGACGACGAUGACGACGACGAAGACACCAGGGACGAGGACCGCAAGCGGCCGUUGGUAAAAAAUGACUCUGAGGAAUUUGAUCCAAAUGCGAUGGAGACGUCAUGAUCCUGAACAUCUACACCAACGCCUAUCCCUCCGUCGCUUGCAUUUCAAGAUUCUUUUCUCUAUUUAUGUUCAUACCCUACCCAUGUAUCGUUUGCUGUGAAUCGCUCUAAUAUCACAAUGAUUUUAUCUUUGCUUUCUC